AUGGAUAAAUUAUAUAAUUCUUUGGCUCCGAAAUUCAAAGGGAUAGCAAACUCUUACAAAAAUUUGGCCUCUCAUACCAAACAAAUUGCUUCAAAUACUAUAGAUAAAUUAAGCAAGCAAACAAUUUAAGGAGACAUAGUAGCAAUAAGCAAUAGAUUAUAUUGGAUGGAAUAUCCAUCUAAUGAUAAAAUAGAAAAAUUAUCGAGCUAUUUAAACACUAAUCAUUAGAAUCAUUACUAUAUUUGGAAUGUUGGAGAAAGAGAUUUUACAACGGAAUGGUUUUGCAAUUAAGUAGAGUGAAAAAGUAAGUAGGUUGCCAAUCAUUCACAUCCAGGAUAUCCAUGUCCACCAUUGAUCGAGCUAUUGAUGAUUUGCAAAAACAUAAUCUAUUUUCUAAGUAGUGAUAAGAACAAUAUAGCAAUUGUUUGUUGCCAAGAAACAAGAGGUAGAAGUAUCAUGGUGAUAUCAUCAUUGUUGGCUAUUAUGGGUGCUGGUUAUGUAAUAUAAUAUAUUAUUAAAUGUUAGCCUGGAGAAUGUUUAUUAAGAGUAUGUGAAAAAACAAACACUAAAGACUUUUAGGCCUUAUUUCCAUCUUAGCAUUAAUAUAUUACAUAUGUUGGGAAUGUUUUAAAUGGUCUGAAAUUAAAUAGUUCUUGUUUAAGAUUAAUAUCUAUUGUUAUAUCUGGUAUUCCAAAAGUCUAAAAUUGUACUAUGUUCAGACCAUACAUUCAAUUGUUUAAGAAUGAUAAACCAAUAUUCAAUUCUUUGACUGAUGGUGAAUUAAAAAAUUAUUAAUAAGGAGAUUUGAGUUGCAUAUUUGAUCUUAAAGGAAUUGAAGUAAAAUUAUUAUCAAAUUCUUAUAGCUUUCAGAUGAUAUUUUAGUUAGAUGCAAACAUUUUGAAAAUAACAAAACUAGAGUGGCUCUAUUUAGAGUUAUGUUUAAUUGCUCAUUUUUAUUUGAUAAUGUACUUAGAAUAUGGGAUAGAGAAUUAGAUAAAAGUCCAUAGAUGAAAACAGAAAAAGAUUUUUUUGUUGAUUUCAUUUUUGAAAGAGGAAAUUAAAAAUCAUUCUAAACUGCAGAUAGACCUUAAACUUUUAGUAAUGAAACAAAGUCAUCUAAUUAAUUAUUAUUAUAAAUUGUAUAAGAAUGUAAAGGAUUAGUUGUAAAAGAAAAGCACAUUAUUGAUGGAUUGGAAGUAUAUUAAUAAUAAUAAAAAACAAAAGAAGAAGUAUUUAGUUUGGGAAAUGAAAUAGAGAAAAAAGAUAAUGAAGAUUCAGAUGAAAAAUUACCAUAAUAAAAAUAAUAAUCAAAUAAUAUUUAACCAUAAUAAUUAUUUAUAGAAUAAUGUAAAAAUCAAUCAUAAUAAUAAUUAGAAUAGUAAACAUCAUCAAAAUAAUAAUAAAAUUAAAUAUAAUAAGAAUAAAAAGAUAUCAUCAUAAAUUAAUAAUAAAUUAUAUAAAAAGAUAAUGGAUCUGAUGAAAGUGAAGAUGAUGAUGAAUAAUUAGUUGCUAAAUUUGAACAAAAGAUAUAAACAAAAACAGGAGAUAGUGAUGAAGAUUGUGAUGAUUUCUUAGAUAAUUUAAUUAAAUAAGGAGAUAAACAAGAAUGA